UCUAUCCACACCCUGGAGGACCCACGGGACCCGCGGCACUUGCUGGUGAUGAAGGGCGCCCCCGAGCGCGUGCUGGAGCGCUGCAGCUCCAUCCUCAUCAAGGGACAGGAGCUGCCGCUGGACGAGCAAUGGCGUGAGGCCUUCCAGACUGCCUACCUCAGCCUGGGAGGCCUUGGCGAACGCGUGCUCGGCUUCUGCCAGCUCUACCUGAAUGAGAAGGACUACCCACCUGGCUAUGCCUUCGAUGUGGAGGCCAUGAACUUUCCAUCUAGUGGCCUCUGCUUUGCGGGACUCGUAUCCAUGAUUGACCCACCCCGGGCCACCGUCCCUGAUGCUGUGCUCAAGUGCCGCACAGCAGGCAUCCGGGUGAUCAUGGUGACAGGUGACCACCCCAUCACGGCCAAGGCCAUUGCAGCCAGUGUGGGCAUCAUCUCAGAAGGCAGUGAGACAGUGGAGGACAUUGCUGCUCGCCUCCGCAUGCCUGUGGACCAGGUUAAUCGGAAGGAUGCUCGAGCCUGCGUGAUCAAUGGCAUGCAGCUGAAGGACAUGGACCCAUCAGAGCUGGUCGAGGCGCUGCGUACCCACCCCGAGAUGGUGUUUGCACGCACCAGUCCCCAGCAGAAGCUGGUGAUCGUGGAGAGCUGCCAGCGACUGGGUGCAAUCGUGGCUGUGACGGGGGAUGGUGUGAACGACUCCCCAGCCCUGAAGAAGGCAGACAUCGGAGUAGCCAUGGGCAUCGCUGGCUCAGAUGCUGCCAAAAAUGCAGCCGACAUGAUCCUUUUGGAUGACAACUUUGCCUCAAUUGUGACGGGCGUGGAGCAGGGUCGACUGAUCUUUGACAACCUGAAGAAGUCCAUUGCCUACACAUUGACCAAGAACAUUCCUGAACUGACGCCCUACCUCAUUUACAUCACUGUCAGCGUGCCCCUGCCCCUCGGGUGCAUCACCAUCCUCUUCAUAGAGCUCUGCACCGACAUUUUCCCAUCUGUGUCCCUGGCAUAUGAGAAGGCCGAGAGUGACAUUAUGCAUCUGCGCCCACGGAACCCAAAGCGUGACCGAUUGGUCAAUGAACCCCUGGCUGCCUACUCCUACUUCCAGAUUGGUGGGUGCCCACAGGGCCAGGGAGACUGGGGGCACUGCUGUGGGGCUUCACACCUGCCUCAGGGUCCUUGACUUGGGCUCUGGC